AGAGCCCCUUCUUCAUUUCACCAGCAAUCAAACAACAACUCAGAUCUAAUGGCCAUCCAAUUGAGAGCUUCUUCCUCAUUCUCUUCUGUUCCUUUUUCCACCCGUUCAUACACACACGAUGUGUUUCUGAGUUUUAGAGGCGAGGAUACUCGCUACAAUUUUACAGGUCAUUUGCACAGAAAUUUGGUUCAAAGGGGGAUCAACACUUUCAUAGAUGAUGAUGCUCUUCCAAGAGGAGAGGAAAUAUCAGAAGCACUUCUCCGAGCCAUUGAAGGGUCAAAGCUCUCUCUCAUUGUGUUCUCUGAAAACUAUGCAUUCUCAAAGUGGUGUUUGGAUGAAAUGGUUCAUAUCCUUGAAUGUAGAAGAUCAAAGAACCAAAUGGUUCGGCCAAUCUUUUACAAAGUGGAUCCAUCGGACGUGAGAAACCAACGAGGUACAUUCGGUGUGGCACUUGCACAGCAUGAAAGCAGAUUCGAAGAUGACAUGGACAAGGUGUCAAAAUGGAGAGCAGCUCUUUCAGAAGCUGCAAAUUUAUCUGGGUGGCAUUUCUCGGGCACCGGAUAUGAAUACGAACUUAUUGAUAACAUUGUUGAAGAGAUUUCCCCGCAAGUAAAAGAACCUACCUUAUUGGAUAUGCCAAAGUGCCAAGUUGGGCUAGACUCUCGGGUAGAAUAUAUACUUGAAAUGUUAGAUGUUGGCGGAAGUGAUGUACGCAUGGUAGGAAUAUGGGGAAUUGGCGGAAUAGGGAAGACAACAAUUGCUAAAGCUGCUUACAAUACAAUUGCCCAUAAGUUUGAUGGUAGCUGCUUUUUGGCAAAUGUUAGAGAAGGCUCAAAGCAACAUGGAGGUUUAGUCAACCUACAAAAUAUUCUUCUCUCUAGCAUUGUGGGGCAGAAAGAAUCGAAAAUAAACAACAUUCAUGAAGGAAUCACUUUGUUGCGUGAGAAGUUGAGACAUAAAAGGGUUUUCUUAGUUGUCGACGAUGUGGAUGAUUUGGACCAGUUAGAGAAAUUAGCUGGGAGAACUGAUUGGUUUGGUCACGGCAGCAGAGUUAUCAUAACAACAAGAGAUAAGCAUUUGUUGAUUGCUCAUCAGGUGAAACCAAUAUACAAGGUUCAUGAACUAGGUUAUCAUGAAGCUCUUGAGCUCUUCAGUUCAAAUGCCUUCAAGGAUAAUAAGAAUUUAAAUGAUAAUGAGAAACUGUUAGUUACUACUGUUGUUAAAUAUGCUCAAGGCAUUCCACUUGCACUGGAAGUUUUAGGUUCAUAUCUAUGUGAUACCUCUAUACAUAAAUGGCAAGCUAUGUUAGAUGGUUUAAAAAAAAAUCCUCCUAGGCGCAUUCAAGAUAUUCUCAUAAUCAGUUAUGAUGGACUGCAAGAUACAGUGAAAGAAGUUUUCCUCGACAUUGCUUGUUUCUUCAAAGGUCGGAAUACAAAUGAUGUGAUACAAAUACUUGAAGGUUGUGAUCGCAUUAACCCCGAGCAUAGUAUUAAAGUUCUCGAAGAAAAGGCUCUCAUAUAUGUUGAUGUAUGCGGUCAAAUUUGCAUGCAUGAUUUGUUGGAAGAGAUGGGAAAAGAUAUGGUUUUGCAACAGUCUACAGAGCCCGGUAAGCGAAGUAGAUUGUGGCGUCACGAGGAUGUGCAAGAGGUUCUAACAAAAAACACUGGAACAAAAAAAAUUGAAGGUAUAAUGAUAAAGAUGCCUACAGCAGAUGAGAUAAGCUUGAGUCCUAAAUGCUUAAAAAAGAUGAGAAAUCUUAAAAUUUUUAUAAACGUCAAUGGACGGUUUGGUGCAAAUUUUGAUUAUUAUCCGAAUCAAUUGCGGUUAUUUGAAUGGCAUGACUGUCCGCUAAAAUAUUUGCCCUCCAAUUUUAAUAUGAAGAAUCUGAUUCGACUUAGUAUGCCUUCCAGCCGCAUCUUACGUUUCGAGGUAUUUAUAUAUUUUCAAGACUUUAGUUUAUUGAAAUCUUUACACCUUACCAAUUUUCCAUUUGAGUUUUUCUUCUUCUUUGGUAUGACAGAGCUGUCAGAGCAUGCAAAAUCUGAAAUUUUUAAAUUUGAAGGGAUGUGAACUCCUAGCACAAAGCCCAGACCUGUCUGGAAGCCCAAACUCAGAGUUUCUGGAUCUAAGCAACUGUAAACGUUUAGAGGAGGUCCACCCUUCAGUUGGAUCCCUCAAAAAGCUUGCUCGCCUGAAUCUUUUCCAUUGCUCUAACCUUG